ACUAAGACUGCGGCACACUGCUGCCAUCAUGUGGUGAGAUCUGAUAACUACAACAGUCAUCAAAUGAUCAUUCACUACACCUGGAUCAUAUGACAUCAUAACUGUGUUUCUGCAGAUCGCCUCACUGAUGUCAUCACACACCUGUACGACCUCAAAAGAGUUGAAACACUUUGAAACACAACCAUGUCUCAAACGCUGCUCAGCAGAAACACCCGAGACAGAGAUGAGAACUCGGUCAGGUCUGAUGAUCGUCUCACGCUGACGCUCUCGUAAGAGUUCCUUCAAUCUGUCAUCUGGUCUUUUUAUAGAAGAAACCAACAGCUGCUUCACGACCCCCCCCACACACACACAGCCUCAGCGACCCUCGUCUGCCCGACACGCUGUUAUAAAUAGUGAUGUGUGUGCGUGUGCUCAGUCUCAGUGAUGGCCGACAGAAAGAGCAGCGCUAGCUCUCGCCCGACAGUCAGGAGGAAAGAGAGAGCAGAACCUGAGGCCAAGAAAGAUGAGGAACCCGCUAAAGAAGCGGAGGUGAGCGAGACGGAGACGCCGAAGGAGAAUGGAGCGGCCGCCGACGCCACCAACGGAGAGAAGCCUGAACCCAUGGAGCUGCCGCCGUUUGAGAUCAUCACGGGGAACCGCAUCGAUCCCUUCUUCUUCAAGUUUCAGUUCAAGAACGUGGAAUACUCAUCCGGCCGAAACAAAACCUUCCUGUGUUAUCUGGUGGAUCAAGGUCCCGGGGCCGACGGUCUCCUCAGAGGUUACCUAGAGGACGAGCACACGGGUUCUCACGCGGAGGAGGCGUUCUUCCAGCAGGUCCUGCCCAGCUGUGACCCCGCCUGUAAAUACACCAUCACCUGGUACGUGUCGUCCAGCCCCUGCGCUGCCUGCGCCGGGAAACUGGCCGAGAUCCUCGAGUCACGCAAAACCGUCCGUCUGUCCAUCUUCUCCGCUCGUCUCUUCGAGUGGGAGGAGCCGGCGAUCCAGGCGGGGCUGAAGGCGCUGGCGGCCGCUGGCUGUAAGCUACGCAUGAUGAAGCCGUUGGAUUUCAACUACACCUGGGACACGUUCGUGGAGAACGACGAUCAGCAGUUCACGCCGUGGGAGGACUGCCAGGAAAACUACGAGUAUUAUCAGGAGAAGCUGGCUGAUAUUCUGCAGUGAGACAGAUGACGGGCGUACUCUUUCCAAAAGUGAAGAGAGAGAGAGACUGUAUGUGUGUGUGUGUGCGUGUGUGCGUGAGAGAGAGAUACUGUGAAACACGUGUGUGUGACGUCUGUUGUCUGAAAUCCCAGAAUGGUAUGAAGAUACAGAUUCAUUUCAUUAAGUAGUCUUCGUAAUGUCGACGGGACGCUUGAAAUGUUUCCUGUUGAAUCAGCUGUCAAGACUUCUGUUUACUUCUCUGUGGUGCCUCACUUUUCACCUGUUUUAUAUUGUGGACCUGUGAUGGAUUUUAGAUUCGUUUUAUUGAACUUUUUUACGUUCAUGCUGGUCAGAGCACGAAUUCACACUGAGAAAAUGAUCGAGAAAUGUAAUUUUUUUAUUAGAAUUUCAAAUAAAUAAACGUUACAGCUGUUUUGAGAUAUUGAUAAAGCACACGAAAUGAAAAUAACUACGUGUGUAAAGGUUCACCUUCACUGUUUUGGAAAA